CUGUGGAUGACAAGCUGCUGGCCGAACCCCUCAGCCACCCUGACUUCUUCAACUUGAAGGAGCUCUUCUCCCUGAAAGAUCUCUUUGAUGCUCGGGUGCAUCUGGGGCACAAAAAGGGAUGUCGGCAUAGGUUCAUGGAGCCCUACAUCUUUGGCUGCCGCCUGGAUCAGGACAUCAUCGACUUGGAUCAGACGAUGCAGCACCUCCAGCUGGCCCUCAAUUUCACCGCCCACAUUGCCUACCGCAAGGGCAUCAUCCUCUUCGUCAGCCGCAAACGCCAGUUCUGCCACCUGGUCGAGAGCACGGCGCGGGAGUGCGGGGAGUACGCCCACACCCGCUACUGGCAAGGCGGCCUGCUCACCAACGCCCACAUCCAGUUUGGGUCCGGCAUCCGCCUGCCCGACCUCAUCGUCUUCCUCAGCAGCCUCAACAACGUCUUUGAGACGCACGUGGCCGUCCGGGAUGCUGCCAAGAUGAACAUCCCCACGGUGGGGGUGGUGGACACGAACUGCAACCCCUGCUUGAUCACCUACCCCAUCCCCGGGAACGACGACAGCCCCGCCGCCGUGGAGCUCUACUGCAAGCUCUUCAGGAUGACCAUCAUCCGCGCCAAGGACAAGAGGAGGCAGACUGAGGUCUUUGACGAGCUGCAAAGCAAAGCCGAGGGCAAUUAG